AUGGGCCUCAUAUCUCGAACGCUCGCCUAUACCCUGGGGACAUCCUUCCUCCUGCUUUCCCUGCUAUCUCCGCGGUCCAAGCGGGCGAGGAUGUACCUCAAUACGAUAGUGUACAUCAGCGGCUUGGGUGUGUGCAGUGUAUUUGGCGUCAUCUGCUCCAUCGCUCUCACCAUCAUACCCGGCGCUCAGCGACUCAACACCAACUACUACGUGGCCAGGUCAUUCUACCUCUACGCUGGUACGCUCACAGGAAUCAGGUAUCACGUCGAGGGAGAGGAAAACUUCGAAAAGGGCAGACCAGGUGUGCUGGUCGGCAACCAUCAGACGGGUAUCGACAUUCUGUACCUCGGCCGCAUCUUUCCCAAGAUGGCGUCCAUCAUGGCAAAGCAAGAACUCAAGUAUGCUCCUUUGCUGGGUCAAUUCAUGUCGCUGUCUGGAGCUGUGUUCAUCGAUCGCAAGAACAGACACGACGCGGUCAAAGCCUUCAAUCAGGUCGGCGCGGAGAUGAAGAAGCGAAAGCUUUCUCUAUGGAUCUUCCCCGAAGGCACUCGCUCCAAUCUGCCUUUCCCUGAUCUUCUGCCUUUCAAAAAGGGAGCGUUCCAUCUUGCCGUCCAGGCACAGGUGCCUAUUGUCCCUGUGGUGUGCGAAAACUACAAUCGCCUGUUUGACGGCAAAACCCGGUUUGAAGGCGGCACGAUCCGAAUCAAGGUCUUGGAGCCGAUUUCCACGCAGGGACUGGGCAAAGACGACGUCAACGACCUGACCACGCGAGUGCGAGAGCUCAUGCUAAAAGAACUGAAGGAGAUGGAUGCGCAAAGGGACUCGUUCGACACCUCAUCCAUAGCCACGCGGCCGCCCUCCUCCACCGGAUCAGGGCUUGGCGGUAUCGCUGGAUUCAUGGCGCGCAUUGUCGGAACGGGGCAUGGAAGAGACUUGGGAGCUGCUGCGCGCAAAGAUUCGGAAAGGUUCCGCAGAGCCGGGACUUCGGGACAGAGACCGGACGACUAUGGCCUCUUGUCGGAAUCUGCAAAAGCUUCAGGGGUCCAGCAGGGAGCCGCAUACACGGGAGCUGUCGAGAGCGCUGCAAAGACAUCCGAUCAGCCUGCUGGAAGCACCAAUCGAAGAUCCGCUCCUUCUGUUAGAGAUCCGAAUGGGAGCGGAUCGGACGAGACGGAUGGCAGCACUGUGCUGGUCGGCCGGCCUGCCGUCUGA